GGAAAGCGAGAGAGAGAGAGAGAGAGAGAGAGAAGAAACGUGAUUAAAAGCGGCAAAACGCAAAAACCCUACACGAUUGAUUAGUACAACGACAAUGGCAGUGUGCUGGUAGAAGAAGAAAAAAUCAGCACAAACAUUCAUGCAAAUACAGUAGCCGCAUCCAUCCGAUGAGUAAGACCAAACUAGACGUGUAGAGACGCACGCAGUAGUUGGGUCGAGUUUUGUGCGAUUAGAACGUCACCGAAGUGUGCGAACGCAAUACAGACGAACAAAAACACACCGGUGACAGUGAGUGUACAGAUGAUCGAUCGUAUGGAAGGAACGAUCAAACGAUCGAUUGAAAAAGUUAUGAUGUGUGACGCACAUACACUUAAUAUGCACAUGCUUGGAGGGUUUGUAGAUCGUUGUUUAAGUUAAAUGAAGCGUGAAAUUGAAACCGAAUUUGCAUGACUACCUUUGCUAGAUUCGACGCAAGAAAAAUCGUAACAAAAAGAUCAGUUUAAAUUAUUAUAAAAAGACAAAACAAUCCCAAAUUCUAAAUAAGUUUUUUUAGUUUGUUAAAAUUUUAAUAAUGCAAUUUUUUGGAAAUCAAACAUAAUUUAUAUAAAAUGUGUAAUAUAAUAGUACAUAAUAGACAACACUAUUCAUCAGCUGGUUGUUGGAUGAUUAGUGCUGAAAAAAAAUGGAAAGUUCCAAAAUCGUUUUACCAUACGCCCAGCAAAACCGAUAACGACAUAGAAAACAGGGUUCAGCGGGAAAAUACAAUAUGUUUUAGUACAAUAUUUUUAAUUUAUUUAUUUUUUUAUUUUGCUCGGUUAGAACGGCCUGAUCGUAUCAAGAUUUAUUUUACCACGUAACAGGUUAGUCAGUCCAUGCUACGGCGAGACGGACCGGAUUUGAGCUUCAGUCCUGCCGGGGGGCCGGCGCCGUUUAUCACAUACACCAUCGCGCCGUACCCAUUGUUUUAAAUUAACAACAUAAUAAGAACAGAUGAUUUGCUCAAGAAAAACUUAUCAAUCAUAGAAUGUACAAUAAUAUUUACAUUAAUAUUUGGACAUUCCUUUAAACUGGGUUUCGGAUUUCCCGGCUUCGGAAUGCUCUUUAUCUUUUUAUGUUAAAUGACAAAAUAUUACCUCUUAUGGCUGGAGGAAUAUUUCAUCCCCUUCGUAGCGCUCAGAAAUGAUAGUUUUAAAGACGAUUUGACGUAAUAAAUGCCAAAACAAAGAAGGCCAUUUUUUUACUUGUUUAUUGAAUAUUACGGUCUAUGUUGCAUUGAGGUAAUCCCCGACUAGGUUUUUACAUUCUAUCGUUUUCUUUUAUAGUAGGAAUUUCCUCCUACCAAGCUGCCAUAACCCGGACAUACUCGGUUGUGAAGGCAAUAUGUUCAAUUAAAAAAAAGUAAAAAUUCAAUUAAAAAUUCAAUUAAAAAAAGAUAAUAAAUGUUAUGUAAUAAUAAACAACAAAGCUAAAGAAAACCGCUUAAGAUAACCUCACUCAUCAAAACAAUAUUUAUCAGCUAAAAAAGAUCAUCCGUAUCUGCUCACUCUAUCAGAGUUGAUAUAUAGAUGUUCCAGGAAAAUGUACAGGAAAGUGAUCGAUGUUCCACAGUAUUUAUUAACAAAAGUAGAUGCAAUUAUAGUCCAUGUUGUCUAGUUUUCCAAGGAUAAAUGCUUUGAAAAUUUUGACCAAAAAAGAACGCGUUUCUGUACCACUGUGUAAGUAUGUAUGGAAAUGUCUCUCAUCGACACUCAAAGCACUCAGACAACCGGCUAGUAUAGUAUCUUGCCAUUGGGAGGAGAAAUUUACUCAUCCACCCACUCUCCAUUUGGCGUUCCAUUUUUCUGUCAGUUUGAAUGUCACCAAAAACUGUGGGCGACAGCUUCCCCUCGAAUUGAGAUUUGUUUUUCCUUCUUUGUUGCCCGAGCUUCACCUUUUGGUUCGGGCUCUCUCAAAUAAUUCAUCGAAAAUAUAAAACACCCCCCAAAACACAGACACACACACACGCACACACACCAAGAGAGACAAAUUCGGUAGUGAUUCGCUCUUUAUCACUACCAAAACGCUCUCCGACGCUUCGUCCUGGCGUGCUGGGGCUUUGUUAGCAAAAGAGCGUUAGCGUAGGAAAAGCGGGAAAAGCCUCUUCGAUUGGAGCGGCCAGACAUAAGCAACACGCAAAACUCACCGAAUGCCCCGCGUGUAUAUACGUGCCAGUUACGAGAGCUUGCGAUACGGGUGCCAGGUCAGACUCGUGACAGCUUCCAACCGAAACGUUAGCGAACCAAAAUUGUGAAGUUUUGUGAUAGAGUUUUUUGCCAACCAAGUUAGGUAACUAGGGCUCGGAAGGAAAAUUGGAAGUGAUGGGUUUAGUUCGCGGUUAAGCCGACGAUAGUGAUAGAGCAAAUUCCAAACCAAAAGCUUAUUUACCCCGAAUGAAACGAUAGUGAUUUUCUGUGUCUGGCUGAUUGAAGAACACCCGGAAAGCGGAUGUGGUUUGCUUUUCCCUCGCAAAAGCUUCCAAAAAAAAAACAUCCUAAAAACUAGGAUCACCAAGCACAGGGCGCGCCAUAAUCACGCGGUGCUGCUAGCGGAGAGUUUUUUGUUUGGCUUUCCGACAUCUUAAUUGGCGCUAAAAUACUAUUUGAUUACGCCUUACGACGAAGGCGUUGUACCUGCGGACCGUUUCGGCCUGGUGGAAAACGUUGCGUCCCACAAUCGUUACGGAAUUAGUUGCUGUUUUUAGAACAAGCUUAAGUGUGCGUGUGUGUUUGUGUGUAAGAUCGAGAGUGGUUUUAAUGCUAUGUUAGGGAAAAGUGUCACAAGUGUAAUGUGAAUAAUUAAACGGUGAUUUUUUGGUGCGUACGGUAUGGUACAUGGAGAGGCGUCGGCAUCCGCACAAGCGGAUGUAAUCGUUACCGUCCGGCCUAUUAUUUAGGCAGCAUAACAACAACCCACACACACACACACACCUACACGCGUCCAUCGGAAAACGGCAUUGAAGCAGCUGUUCAGUGUACAGUGUGUGUUUUGCUCUGCCGAGCAUCAUGGAGUCCACAGAGACACUCGAUUGGCCACAGAAGAACGGUAGCGGGACGGAUACCAGCAAUGGUAUUGAUGGCCAUGAUGUUCAACCACCACCGCCGGGCGAUGCAUCGGAACCGCCCAUCAACAAUAAUGGCAACCAGCACGACAAUGGCAGCAGUUGCUGUACCGUACCGAAGCUCGCCUCACCGAGACCGUCAAGCCCGGCCGAAAAUGGCGAGAGUGCUAAUUGCACCCUAAUGCGCAGCAGUUCCCGACCCUCGACCGAUGAUGGCAACCUGCUGUCACCGAAUACGUCGCGCUCGAGCAUGUCCCAGUCACCGACCCAUCACCAUCUGUCCCCAUCGCACCGUUCGGUACCGCCCGAUUCGCUCUGCUCGUUGGAAGAGCUGGACGAGGUCGGUGCAUUCUUUGAGGAGCAUUCGGCCGCCAUUGAACGUUGGUUCCGUGAACGUGCGCCGAACGAUGUCAUUAGCAAGCUGCAGUCAAUUACCACCGGGGACAGUUCAAAGUCGCCGAAAUCGCCCCAUCGAGCGUCGGUCACUUCGGACCUGUUUCAACAAUGGCUUGCAUCGUCUCCGGUUAAGAAAUGUCGUUCGCCGACCUCCCGGAGCUCCAUCUCCAACCGGAGCCAUCUGGCCGAUCUGGACGAGGGUGAACUGUUUAUGGAGCUGAUACGGGACGUGGCCAACGAGCUCGAUAUAGACGUGCUGUGUCACAAGAUUCUGGUCAACGUGGGUCUCCUAACGCAUGCCGACCGGGGUUCACUGUUCCUUGUCAAUGGGCCACCCUCCGGGAAGUAUCUAGUCGCGAAGCUGUUCGACGUAACGCAAAACACUCCUUUGGACGAAGCGGUCCGGCGUGCUAAACAGGACGAAAUCAUCAUUCCGUUCGGCGUCGGUAUAGCGGGAACCGUCGCACAAACGAACGAAACCAUCAACAUCAAGGAAGCGUACAAGGAUCCACGCUUUAACAGUGAAAUCGACCAGAAGACUGGCUACAAAACGAACAUCAUCCUGUCGAUGCCGAUCUGCAACUACGAGGGUCAGGUGAUCGGUGUGGCGCAGAUCAUUAACAAAACCAAUGGUUCACCCGAGUUUACCGAGCGUGAUGUGGAGAUAUUUCGCCGCUAUCUCACGUUCUGUGGCAUUGGCAUCCAGAAUGCACAGCUGUUCGAAAUGUCCGUCCAGGAGUACCGGCGCAAUCAGAUACUGCUCAACCUUGCCCGUAACAUCUUCUCCGAGCAGAACAACCUCGAAUGUUUGGUGACGAAAAUUAUGACCGAAGCACGGGAGCUGCUCAAGUGUGAACGGUGUGCGGUCUUUCUGCUAGAUCUCGACUGUGGGGAAGCGAACCACCUUGAACGGAUAUUGGAACGGCCGGAGAGGACUCAUCAAACCGUUUCACGCCGAACGAGCCACAACGUGGACGUUGAAGAUGUGCUUCAGCAGCAGAACACGAUCUCGACACGCUUCACGAUGAUAUUCGAGCUAGGCAGCAGCCAUCAAUCAUCGGCCAACAUUCUGCGACCGUCGGUGAGCGAUCUGAACAGUUCGAUGCUCGCCCAGAUUGCGGAGUAUGUCGCUGCAACGGGCGAAACGCUCAACAUUAGCGAUGUGCUCGAGUGGCUAAAGGAUAAGCCAAUCUGUCAGCGGCAAACGGUAGCACAACCGGUUCCGGCAGCGGAUGGAACGGUAGCCACGACGGAUUCCUUUGAUGAGACGCAGAGCGUCAAAUCGAUUCUCUGCAUGCCGAUCAUCAACGGCCAGAAAACGGUCAUCGGUGUCGCUCAAUUAAUCAAUAAGCAAAAUGAUCUACAAUUUACCAACUGUGAUAUCUCCAUCUUCGAGGCGUUCGCCAUCUUCUGCGGGCUCGGCAUCCACAACACGCAGAUGUACGAGAGUGCCUGCAAGCUGAUGGCGAAACAGAAGGUGGCACUCGAAUGUUUAUCGUACCAUGCGACCGCUAGUCAGGACCAGACACUGAAGCUGGUCAACGAUACCAUCCAGUCGGCCGAAGAGUACAAGCUGUAUAGUUUUAAGUUCAUCGACUUCGAUCUCGACGACGAUGAUACAUGCCGGGCAGCGGUGCGGAUGUUUCUACAAUGCAAUCUGGUUCAACAAUUUCACAUUCCAUACGACGUCCUAUGCCGCUGGAUACUGAGCGUGCGGAAGAACUACCGUCCAGUGAAGUAUCACAACUGGCGCCAUGCACUGAACGUGGCCCAAACCAUGUUUGCGAUGAUGAAAACCGGCAAGAUGGAACGCUUCAUGACGGAUCUGGAAAUUCUCGGUCUGCUCGUUGCGUGCCUCUGCCACGAUCUCGACCACCGUGGUACGAACAACGCAUUCCAAUCAAAAACCGAUAGUCCGUUGGCCAUCCUGUACACGACGAGCACGAUGGAACAUCACCAUUUCGAUCAGUGCGUGAUGAUACUGAACUCGGAGGGUAACAACAUUUUUCAGGCACUGUCCCCGGAAGACUUCCGCACGGUGAUGAAGGUCGUCGAGACGGCCAUCUUGUCGACGGAUUUGGCGAUGUACUUCAAGAAGCGCAACCAGUUCCUGGAGCUGAUCGACAACGGCGAGUUCGACUGGCAGAGUGAGGAGAAGAAGGAAAUUCUGUGCGGCAUGAUGAUGACGGCAUGCGAUGUGAGCGCCAUUGCGAAACCGUGGGAGGUUCAGCACCGGGUGGCCAAAUUAGUGGCGGACGAGUUUUUCGACCAGGGCGAUCUGGAGAAGCUACAGCUCAAUCAGCAACCCGUUGCGAUGAUGGAUCGUGAGCGUAAGGAUGAGCUGCCCAAGAUGCAGGUCGGGUUCAUUGACGUCAUCUGCCUACCGCUGUACAAGGUGCUGACGGAAGCAUUCCCAUGGAUUAGUCCACUGUACGAGGGUACGAUGGACAACCGGCAACACUGGCACGAUCUAGCCGAGAAGGUAGAGAUGGGUCUUACCUGGAUUGAUCACGAUACGAUCGAUAAGCCGGUGGAAGAAUUUGCAACUGGUAAGGAACCUUUGGCGGACAUUGAGUUCACCGUAACGACACUCAACUGUGCUCAUCCGGAGGACAAAACUGAAACAACACCGGUACACGAACGGAAACCACGCUUCAGCAGUUUACGGAAAACGGGUGCCCUCGGGAAAGCCGUCCGCAACAAACUCUCCAAAUCGGUGCAUCACAAUGCAGCGACCGGAAAUGAGCGACCUUCGUCCAUUGUCUCGCAGCCGGGCAGUACCAAGAGUGGUACGGACGAUGGUACAUUAACACCGGUUGGUGGAGAUCAUCCUUUGCCCAGUUCGGGCGAUGCGUCCGAUCAGCAUGCCGGUGAUCAGUCGCAACAGAAGCAGCAACAGCAACAGCAGCACGAUCAAUCCUCCCAGUCAGUACCGGUAACGCCGGGCAGUGGGCUUCCGCCUUCACAGCUACCGGAUGGUACCGGGAGUACAGCGGCACAGCCACCGAAACAUCCCACCAAGCCGGUUAAGAAGCGCUCCAAACUCUGUAUGCUGUUGUGACCCAAGUUUUACACCGACGCGUCGGACGAUGCAGCCAGUGGUGGUUCCGCAGUGGACAAGGAGAAUGCCGUCUAAGCUGGUUGUGUUGAACCGCAAACAAAAUCGAAAACCAAAAAUGGAACUGUAUGCCGUUUAUCUCCCUGUGGCUCUGUUGUUGUCGUUUUUCGUGUUGUAGCGAAAGAAGCAAAAAAAAAAAAAAACAAAACAAAAACAUUCCGUGAAAGGGAAAGCUUGUUGAACUUGAGUAACGAGAAACAUGAGGGAAAGUAAAAGAGAAAAACAUAAAGGAGGAACGCUUUUUUGGGGCCGUCACCAUUAUGAGGCCAAAACAGUACAAUUUCGAACACCUCCCCGAGAGGGGUUUCGGGGGUUGUUCGUACAAGGCUGUUAGUUCAAUGUUUGUUCAUAGUCCAGUUUCCUAUUGUGGAAGUUAUAUAGUUACACGUAGUUAUGCAUAUGCUCAAAACCACCCAAAAAAAGUAAAAAAAUGGUAAAAAAAAUAUAAAAUGCUAAUAAUAAACCAAUGACAAGCGAGAGUAAAAAAAGUGGACAAACUGUGAGGUGGAAAUGGAAUACACAAAUCGGUCAAUUUAGGAAACACACCAUACCAACAAAAAAAAAACAAGGAAAAACACCACGGAAUCGUGUGAAUAUCUCUUUUUUUACGUAUAAAAAAAUUCUCCACGGUGGAAAAAUGCAUGCAAGAAAAACAAUACCAAUCGAUGUUAUAGAGCUGUGCAGUGUAGCUAUUUUUUCCCGCCCAGAGCUGGAAAGAAUUCAAAAGAAGAAAAAAAAAACAAGCUCACCGAACCAUCACUUGUUCGGUUGACAGUUGUUCUGACAGAACAACGAUCCUAGUCAUUAGUAGUCGUUCUAGCAGGCCAUGAUUUAGUAAAGCGUUAAGAACGCCAAAAAGAACUAGAGAGAGAGAGAGAGAGAGAGAGAGAGAGAGAGAGAGAGAGAGAGAGAGAGAGAGAGAAGCAAACAAGCGUAGUGAGCAAGAUGUUGUCACAUCCUGAUUGCACCGAAUUUUUAUCGGUGUUUUUGUGUGGAUGUGUGUGUGUGUGUGGUUUGUUCACUUAACUGGAUACGCACCGUAUAGAGUAAGCUUCGUUUACACGUUAACGAACUAGUGGACAGCGUGAACAGAGUAGCAAUUAGAUGUGUUAGUACGUUGAAAGCAAGAGCAAAACUCUUCGUGUAGUGUGUGUUGUGUUGCAAGCGAGGCGCGCAAGAGACAAACUCCAAAGACAAACAGUAAUUUAAACGUCCACACAAAUGGUGAUGCUGGUGAAGGUAAUAUACCUACCGUAGUGCGGUGCGCUGCUACUGGAACAAAGUAUAAAUGGCAAAACCAAGUACGAUGUUAGUUGUUCGCAAAAAUGGAGGGAAACCACCGACCAAAACAAGCUUGGUGCCGGUGAUCCCAAUUAUCCUGGCUGGUGAAGCUUACAGUCGUCGUAACGAAGAUGAGAGUUAUCCGAUAAGGUAUGUUAAGGGUGAUACCCGAGUGCAAUGUUUGCUACCGUCCUUCGUUUAGCACCUAGUGUCUACCAAUUCUAAGGACACUGGGCUGUUUUAUGCAUCUAAGCGUUAUUGUGUUCCCUUUCACCAUUGUUACUAUUUGUUGUCCUUCCUGGUGGCGCAAUGCCAGAGAGGAUAAGCCCGGAAAAAGGGGCGCCCGUGAUACUAUUGUUAAGCUUUGUUCGUUUUCCACAUUACGUUUCUGUUGGUUUUGUUUCCCCACCUUCGAAUGUUGUUGCUUUGUUUUGUUGUUGCUGUUGUUGUGAUUGCGUACUUGGCCGGUGUUUCAUUCGGCUUGGUGCAGCUUAUUUGCAUUUGUAAAAGUUUUGUGUACAGACAUGGCACAUGGAAGCAAUCGCUUUUUAAAAUCCAGACCGAAUUCACUGCAAAAUGGCCACAACGUGUGUGGGUUAUUGUGUGGUGUAAAGGAGUACUUGUUUUAGUAACACACUGAAUACACUGGACGGGAUGAUCAACAUGUGAGAUUUUUAUCUUAAAACGGUGCUUUCGUAUCGUUCCUUAGCCCCCUUUCCUUUAAGACUGGUAAGCGAUGUCACUUGUGAAACUAACCACCAUGUGUCGUUGUGAUUCAUGUACCCAAAAUGAAAAGAAAAAAAAACGGUUCAAACAAGGGGUAAUUAAUAGUUGAAUGGCGAAUCUAUUUUCGUUAGGCUGUUGGCAAAAUGGUAGUGAAAAAAGAAACCGCAAAACAGUUGUGAAACGAUUGAAGCUUUUCUUCAUACAAGAUGAUUUGGUGAUGGUGUGAAGAGGGGGGAGAUUUGUUGGAGCGUUUGUCCAUAAGCGAACACAAAUUAGUAAUACAUACAUGGCAAACAAUACACUUUGCAUGUUCCAGUAAUAAUUAGCAGCAAAAACCAAACGCCGUGUCUUUGAUGGUUAGAAAACAUUUUUGUGAUUGUAUAUCCGUAUACUUUUUUGUGAUGCAAACACUUCUAGCAAAAGGGUGGCAAAAAAGGGGGAGUGGAAAAAAACGUGGGUGUGGGAAGGAAAUGUUUUUGGAUUAAGCGAACCGAAAAACUGAAACGAAAACACCGUCGAAAAAGAAAGCUAUCCACAAUGGCAAGAAUGAUGGAAAAGAAAUACAGCAACAUGUGAGCACUGAA